AUAAUAAUACGUACGUACGUACGUGUCCCAUUGAGCCCCGCCCCCCUAUGCGCGUUUGGAUCGGACCAGCCCCACCCCAUUCUAGAGACCUUCUGCUCUCGUCCACAGACCGGAAAGAAUGGCAACUGCAGGUACUACACCAGACUUCCUAGACAAACGAUUGCUGCAAGAUGAUGUUCCAGAGAUAGUUGCAAACAUACUGGAUGCCCAAACUAAAUCAGAGCUGUUAGGUCGUGUACUCAAGUUGUCACCAUCCAGGGUGUCUGGAAUUCUUAUGCAGUACAAGGAUCCAGAAGAGUGCCUGUUUCAUGUCAUUGAUGAGUUUGUGAAACAAGUGGACCCCAGACCUACUUGGAGAGUCAUUUUAACCGCCCUGAGGCACCCCACUAUUCGACUAACUGGUUUGGCAGAU